UCCGAAAUCCAGAGUGGGACCUGAGCGUAAAUAGAACCCGAGCCCCUCUCCGCCUCCCUCCCCGCCGCACAGCCUCCACAGCCCGAAACCCUCGCCGCCGAUCGGUUUCGGAGAAGAGAAGCAAAUCAAGAUGUUUCUCGGCUCGCUCCCGCGGCGCCCGAGCAAGGAGGCUGCGUACAAGCAGCUGCGGUCGCACAUCAUCAUCAUGGCCUCCUGCGCCGCCGUCAUCCGCGCCACCCCUUACAUCCUCCAUUUCCUCGCCCGCGACGGCGACAUCCAGGAACUCAAGCUCGAUCUGUAGGCCCGUCCGUUGCUUCCCCACCUCCAGAGGUGCUACAAAGGCAACCGUUAGUUCGAGGCCACUGCAAGGUACUAUGGAGUUAGUGGCUACAGUGCCUGCUUAAGUUUCUUUGUUGUUCCAAGUUUAGUGACAAAACUGACAAUGGUGUAGCAACUGGGUUGUGCUGCGACCAGUAUUUCGUUUUUGCCUACCUGUAUGGUCUAGUCUUUGUUUGCACUGGUGGAUUUGCAGAGAUGUUAUCAUUCAACAAUGUUCUGUGGUCAGUUGCAAUUGUCCUUAUGCUCUGUGAAUAAUGCUUGGACUGCCGACUGUGUA